GUCAGUCUGUUUUUUAACAAGAUUUUUAUUGCAUGUUUCCCUGCUCUGUUGUAGUUUUGCUAGCAUUAUUUUCAAACUCCGGUUUCAGGUCCAUGUCGUGAACUGGCGUUCCCAAGUUUCCUUUUCUUUGCUAACAAGCGCUUGCUGAACCACACAAUAAGAGUUUUACAAGUUCAAGAUCUAGAUGAGUGCGAGUUACGAUGUUACCACGAAUACAAUUGUGUCAGUAUUAAUUUUAAAUUCAAAAUGCUUGCAAGAGGAAAAUACAGCUGUGAAUUGAACAAUUCAACACAUGGCGAGCAUGAACGAGACCUUGUACCUGAUCAAGAUCACUUUUAUCGUGGAACCAAAGUAAGAUGACAAAAACUUUCGUUAAUCAGUUAUUUCUUGCACAUUUUUUAAAUGUACUGUGUUUCCAGUUGUUAGAAACGGUGAAGAACCAGAAACGUAAAUACUUGUGUUAUUGGCUUAUAUCGUCCUUGUUGUUUUGUACCGGUGGUAUAGACGGGACAUAUCUCCUGGAAAAUUAAGUAUGUCUAACAAAAGUUCUUUCACUUUUAGCCAAAUGACAUUAAAAUAGCAGGACUGACCAAAAACGUGACUUCGGGUAAACAAAACUAAACAUCAACAAGGCCUAGUAAAGCCGGUUGUUACAGAAGGAAAUCAGGCACACAUUAAAAUAACUUGAGAAUUAUAUAUAAAUCCCUACUGACGAAACAAAUUUAGUGGCCAACUGAAAACUCUAGGGAGACAAUGCCGCCCCCCUUGCAAGAUUUAAAAUCACAUCAAGCUUGCUAUAUUGAUUAAGCCGAAGGAUAUUACAAAAAUUACAGUUAUAUUUAUUGUUUGAAUAUGAUUUUAAAACAACUCCGAAACAUAGUGCCUUUCGCAGCGAAAGAGCAUUCAAACUUUUUUCUUUCAGAAUGCAUGCUCCAACUCUCCCUGUCAAAAUAACGGAACGUGUCAAUCAGGCUUCACCAAGAAAGGAUAUCGAUGUUUGUGUCCUGAUGGUUGGACAGGUGGAACAUGUAACAUGGGUAAGGCUCAAACAUGGAGUUCUUCACUAAACACUAAACCAUAAGGUUUUCUUGACCUUUUUCCAGACAAGGAAAUGUACAAAAAAGCGUGAUUCACGUGCAAAGUUCGUUGUUUUGCUAAUCUAAACUUAUUGCUUUUUUGCUGUUCUCGUUGCCGUCGCUUAAGCUCGCAGUUUUCAUGUCGACAUGAAAAGCUCUCCAGUAUUGUAUGAAACGCCUGUUCACACUGCACAAAAGAGUGGCAUACAGAAUCCUAUCCGAUAUGUGACGAUCCACUUUCGAGAUCGGUGCGGCAUUGCUUCACUCCUUUACAGAAGUUGCACCGAAAUCACCGUCCUCGCAUGUGUGGAAAGAAUAUAUCCAAUAUGGCUUUUGUGCCUGGUGCAAGAGCUAGACCGGUAUAGCCUUAAACUCUCAUUCACGAUUUUAUUCACUAUCAUAUCCUAGAUAUUGAUGAAUGCGAUGAAAAGAGUCACAAGUGUAGCAAGAAUGCGACUUGUACAAACAAGAAAGGAUCUUACAAAUGCAGGUGCAAACAUGGUUUCCAUGGUGACGGCUACAACUGCACAGGUAUCCCAGUGUUUCAUCUUUCUGCUUAAAAUUUUAAACAGAAUAACAAGACACUUACUUUUUUUCGUUUGUCGAAUGUCUCAGAAUUUUCUGUGUCGAAGAAUUGAUGUUCAUACAAUAUGCUGUAAUCUUCAGCAAUGGGCAGAGCUGCUGUAAACGUUAUUUUUCUAUUAGAUAUUUUAUUGUACAGUUAAGCAUAAUUAGUCACAGUCUGUUAAGGGAGCGGUCAUUAACUAUUGGGGGGAGGGCCGGUAUUAUUUCAAAAGCGAGGGACCAAAAAUUUUAGCCCCUCUCAGGUUAACAGCCCAAACUUCCUGCCCCCUCCAAAAAUGUGUGCCCAAAAAAUUGUAAACCUCCCCUGUAAUAACAUUUUAAGACAAUUUUUUCAUUGGAAUAAAAAAAAGUGUUAGUAUUCACAACAUUUACAAAACCCAAUUUUUUUCUUUUUGUUAGUCCAAUAACCACACAACAGUUCAAUAACCACACCAGUAGUUCAAUGACCACACAUUAGUUCAUUGAGCGUAAACUACAUGUAGCUGUGGAAAAAAUAGCCACAACUACGUUAGAUAUUUUUUAAAUUAGAAUGUGUAGCAUUAAGUAAGUGAUACUCAUUUAGCAACGAUACAAGAACUAAAUUUACAAAUAGAGCAAUUUUCAAUUGAGUGUUGAAAGUAAUCCAGGAUUGAAUUGGUUUUGCUUUACUGUGCUGUUUGAUUGGUCUAGAAAACUCGCGCCACCCUCUCAGCCAAUCAGAUGUAAACUAAAACCAAUCGCUCCUUGGUCACUCGCGUUUUCCCGCGCUACAGGCCGGUUACACGCGUUUACUUCGAGUUGCCAUUGGCUCCCUCUGAUAAUUUCCUUUACUCUGAUUGGCCGUUGUGAUUACUUUGGUUUUGGUUUUCGACACUCAAUUGAAAAGCGCUCUAGCUAUGGCACAUUGUUAUAAAGUUUUAGUGAGCUCACUAAUAUAGACAGGAACCUGCAGGAACAUAAAUUGAUGGUAAUUAAGAAGUUCUUGUCUGCUCAGAAGGUCUGUCAUUUUCAUCAGGGGCACAGUGAACAGCGGCCUGGAAAGAGAGUAAGCGCUGAAAAGGGAAAGCUAACUCGGUCGGGAGAAAAAUUCGGAUACUAAAUAAACCGACAGAGCGCGCGUUGAUAAAGCAGACAACAUAACGGUUAGUGGUGGAUGAAACCUUGUUUUAACUCUCUUUCCUCACGUUUCAAACUACUGGUGUGGUUAUUGAACUAACAAAAAGAAAAAACUUAGUUGGUAAAUAAAUAGUGACGGCGAGGCCGAUGAUGAUGAUGUCACUGAACAAUGUCAGGAGGAGGAAUCAGGAAGUGCCUUUAAUAUUCACUCGGGCACUGCAAUGGAAGCAUACGACAGUAGCAGUUCAGAUGACUCUCGCCCUUACUGGAACACAUUCAAAUCCGCUCCUUACUAUCAGCCUAUUGACUAAGCGUUACAUCUUCACUGUACAUUUGUAUACUGUACAUGUAAAAAAAACUAUGUUACAUUUGUUGAAUAAGAGAAACAUUCUGUUCCUGUUACUGUUUAAGACUGACUGAGUUUUGUAAAAGAAGGAUUGGUAUGAACUAAACCACUAUGAGUUAAAAAAACAAAUAGUCAUAACAAGAAAAAAUACAUUUUCAGUUAUAAUAACAUAUCAUCAACUAUCCGUGCACUCUUGAUCGCGGCUCGUUUUAAGAAGGGCUUUCAUGAAAUUAUCUGUCAUUCAGAUGUAUUAUAAUACAGGAAAAUCACAUGACGGUGACUUUGAUUAAACAACAAAGCCAAACUAAAACCAUGGGCUGUUUUCAAAGCCAUUUCAAAGUCAAGCAAAUUGGAAGCGAUUCCGCGUGGAGUCACUGCUCAUCUCCAGCCAAUCAGAGUGCUUUUUAACCGUGUGAUUCAGCUUUGAGUAUGCAAUUCUGUUAAAAUUACUUGCACGGCCAUCGUAUUUCAAGCAGUGCUUCAUAUUUCAGUAGCACAAAACCCAUUUAAUAGUACGCGCACAUCGCCCAAACGCGCCCAGAAAUUCUAACCCUCCCCUAAAUGCGGGCCCAGAAAAUUUUAGCCCUCCCUAAAUGGGCGCCCAAAAAAUCGCAGCCUCCCCCAAAAUUUACCAGCCCUUCACCCAAUAGUUAAUGACCGCUCCCUAACUAACGUUUUGCACGCGAAAAAGAAGGGAGUUGUGGGAGCUCAAUUUAAAGAAAGACCGGUUUUUUAGCUUUCUUUCACUAUAAGGGGGAGGGGGGAUCACAAGGGAGGUAUAGGAGACUUAUUAGGACUAAAAGAAUUGAUGAUAUUACAAAAUCAUUCUAGAUAUUGACGAAUGUCAAAAGCAAAACAACAAGUGUAGCAAAAAUGCGACUUGCACGAAAACAGACGGAUCUUACAGAUGCAACUGCAAUACUGGCUUCUUUGGAGACGGAUUCAAGUGCACAGGUAUCACUGUGUUCUAUCUGUGGCGUAGAUGGUCUAAAGAGUUCAGAUUCCUGAAUCAAGUGAUUGCGAGCCAAUUUUUUAAGGAAGGGAAAACAAAGAUGGAAAAUAGCAUGCCCUGUAAACGGAUUUUAGGCAAACUAUCAAAUGAAUAAAGUAGUUUUCGUAUCGAUUCAUGGAUGUACGUCAUCGAUAUAAAGCCGUGUUUGAGGCGUCGUUUGAGGCCAAAUAGUCUCAUCGUAAAUAAUUUCCAAUACCCUGAGCGGCGGAGAGCAACUGACGAGCACAUGUCGUUCCCAGGGUUCUCUCCUACCCGUCCCUGCGGGUAGGAGAGAGAACCCGGGAACGAGGUUGCUGACGAGCGACUAUAUUCGCAGGCUUAGCAAGAAGUCGUUAAAAGUUUUUUUAUAUAUAAAGCUAAUGAUCUUCUAAUGGUUUAUUUCUGAUCGACCUCGAAUAACAAAAAAGCGCCAAGCACAAUCGUAUCAUGGCUAACAUAAACUCGCAGGAUAACUUCAUGACUUCGCUUAGGGUAAUUUCAUGCAAAUUAUUGUUUAAGCUCGCAAUCAUUUUACACUGUGAACUUUAUCCUUUGUUCCCUCUAGUAUGUUACACCAUCUUUGAUUUCGAAGACCACGAUUUAUCAAAUUGGACGCUAAGUGGGACUGCAUUCAAUAAUCAGCCAACAUACGGAGACAACCCAUCAGAAAGGUUUAAAAAGGAAGGGAAAGGCAGGAAUGAACCGUCAAAGCACCGAGGGGAUUGGUGGAUUGGUACCUUCGAAAAUCGGCCCAAUUCUUCCCACCCGGCCGGAGAAAUACAAGGUGAUAGGCCUAAAGGCUCAAUGACGUCACCCGGUUUCUUAAUUGAUACAAACUUCCUCACAUUCCUGAUUGGAGCAGGCUGUAAAAAUGUUCGCAAGGUUCGUGCUGAGCUUAUAGUUGACGGGAAAGUGAUUUUUGAAACAAAAGCUGAAAAGGGAUCUAAGGAUUGCAUCGAAACUAUGUUUGAAAAAAGCUGGAAUGUGUCGGGAUUCACUGGUAGCCGAGCUCAAUUGCGUUUGAUUGACCACUCUUCGGGAGGCUGGGGUCACAUUAACUUUGAUCAUUUACAAGCUUGCCACAAACUACCUUAA